AUGGAAUUCACGAAGAUUCAGUGUGAAAAGUUCUACAAACAGCCAGUGCCUCCUUUUGGGCACGGAAUGCUAGAGUAUUUUGCUUUCGAUCCACAAUACCUCAACUUCAAUCAUGGUUCGUACGGCAGUACCCCCAAUCCAGUUCUACAAUUUAUUCAGGAAACAACCGCGCGCAUUGAGAGAAACCCGGAUCUAUUCCACCGCCUCACAUACCAAGAUGAUCUCAUCGCAGUGCGAGAGAAACUAGCAAACCUAAUUGGAGCGAAGAUGGACGAAGUUGUACUACUCAAUAAUGCCUCGAUGGGUGCGAAUACCGUGUUGAGGAACUUCGAAUGGGAGAAGGAUGAUGUUCUCAUUCCUUUCAGCACUACGUACGGCUCAGUUUUCAGUACAGUGGAAUCGAUAUCCGACGUCGGUCCACACCCGAAAACUGCGACUUUUGUGCUCAAAUUUCCAACCACCCACUCUGACAUUCUCACCUCCUUCCACGCACACCUCAAAGCGCACCCUGUGGGGAAGAAUAAUAAACGCGUCGCAAUCAUUGACUCUAUUGUAUCGGUUCCGGGGAUGUACCUUCCGUGGAAGGAGAUUGUGGCGAUUUGUAGAGAAGAAGGGGUUUGGAGCGUCGUUGACGCGGCACAUUCGAUCGGCCAGGAAGUAGGGAUCAAUCUUGAGGAGGCGCAGCCAGAUUUUUGGUUCUCUAACUGUCAUAAAUGGCUGUAUGCGAAACGCCCGUGUGCUGUUUUAUAUGUUCCGGAGAGGAAUCAACAUAUUAUUAAGACGUCUAUACCCACUUCGCAUGCUUACAAGUCUCCUGACGAGCGGACCAGCUCGACAUUUGUCGAUCAGUUCGAAUGGAACGGAACCAUCGAUUUCACAUCAUAUCUCAGCGUGGUUCCUGCCCUCGAAUUCCGUGCUUGGCUCGGCGGAGAAGAGAAGAUAAACGCAUAUUGUCAUGACCUAGCUAUAAAGGGUGGUAAACGGCUGGCUGAACUGUUCGGGACGCGGGUAAUGGAUUCAGAUGGGAAAUUCACGCUUAACAUGGCGAACGUCGAACUCCCCUUUCCCGGCUCCGUUAAAUGUAUCCACGCUGUCAACUCCAAAUUCACGAACAAAAUGCUAAGGGAACAGAAGAUGUAUUCAGUUCAUUAUUAUCAUAACGAGGCGUGGUGGACUCGGUGUUGUGUUCAGGUGUGGCAUGAGCUCGAAGACUUUGAUAAAAUCGGGAAGGCUUGGGUCGAGGUGUGUAAUGCGACGUUGAAAGAAAUUCAAGGAGGGGAAGUUGAAGGCGAUGUGGACUCAUAA